GGGAGAGGAUGGAGAGAUGCGUGGAUCACGAUCACGGGAGGCUUUGAAUAUGACAUUACACCUUGCUUAAUUGAUACUCUCCUACUUUUACAGGAUAUUCUGCUACAAUAUAUAGGAGCUGCUUUGAGUUAAGCACCGUCGUACGCGUCUGUAUCCCAGUUGAACAGCUUCCUGGGCUUCGUGGACCGUAAACCUCGCCUCGGUCCCUCGCUGUCAUGUUAUAGUUUUACACGGACGAAUUUUAUUUAUUUAUUGAAUACAGGAAAUGUUGGAAUGGCCGCCUCAGGAGCACAUAGGUGUCCGAAGAGUGAGAAGUUGGACGAGGCACAGGCUUUGGCCAAGAGCUGCGCGGGGAGACCAGACUUCCUGCCUUGUGAUGGACUCUCCAUCUGCGCUACGCACAGCCAUGGGAAGUGCUUUAAGCUGCACUGGUGCUGCCACUUGGGCUGGUGUCACUGCAAGUACGUGUACCAACCCAUGACUAAUGUGUGCCACCUGCCUAGCACAGCCGUGCCCCCUGUCGGGACAGAGUACAGUAACACCAUUGACCUGUCUGUCUCUCUGGCUGAGCGCUUCCUCAAGCUCGCCCCCUGUUUUAAGUCCCCGCCUCACCUGGAGUCGCCCAAAUACUGCGUCAUCGCAGACCUGUUUGUGGACGACUACAUCGUCAAACGCAUCAACGGAAAGAUGUGCUAUGUGCAGCGCCCCCUUCCUGCAUUACCCGAACCGCCUCAUGCACCCACCCCUCACCCACCUGCUCCCGCUACACCUCAGAUGCCCCAGAAUCCCACUCAGCCUCGGCAAACAGUCAAGCCCACACCACCAAACCAACACACACCUGCGCCACCACCAGUCCAGCAGGUGUACAUUGAGCACAAACACCCAUCCCCCGUGGACAAGAUAAAGGGCACCAAAAUGGACCACUGCUCCUCUCCGUCCAGCUCUGAGGACUCCGGCAUCAACGCGCUGGGUCUGCACUACCUGGAGUCCUGUGAGGAGGAGAGCGAGGAGGAGGAGGACGACGACUUGUCCACAGAUGGAAACUCCAGCCCUGGCAGCCUCUGGGACCAGGACGACUGUUCUCUGCUCUCCCCAUCCAAGUCAAUGAUAGAAAUCAUCGAAAAGAUUGAAACAACUGUGUAGCUGACAUGGCGUUGUCAUUGACAGUGACUAUGUGGGCGUGUGAUGCACAGAGCAACAUCAUAUUAUUGAGAACAACCCUCCAGGAUGUAUUUUAGAUGGACCAAUACAAAACAAACCCCCUUCAAACACUUCAGCAGGGCUUUGUCGGGUUGUCGAAUUUGUUUUCCUGCAGGUGACCGAGGACUGUACACCUGCACUCACACACAGCCUUUCCUCUGUUCACAUCCCCUGCAUGCAGUGAAUUUCUGCAACUUUUUACAACAAAGGAGCAAAGGAGGAAGCACAAGAUUAUCAAGCACAUGCACAGUGGACCAAAUGAUACAUGCUAAAUAUAUCAUGAAGAAUUUAAAAUACAAAAAAGGAAUCAAUAAUAGGUGCACUUCUGCAGGAGGAAAGUGAGAGAAAACAUCAGACUUUUUGUGUGAGGUGUGGUUUAUAUUACUGGAGCUAAAUAACAUGUGAACAAAGGUGGUAUAAGUAGGUUUCCUGAUGAUAAUAAGCAGUUAGAUAAUUCUCAGUGUUCUCCAGUUGUCAAUCUGGCAGCAAGACUUUAUUCUAAUUUGACAUUCAAGUGGCAGAUAAGCACGCCAUUUCUUGUUCUCUGGGCAGUGGCUCCACCCACACAUAUAACUAACUCUGACAUUUCAGUGUAAUAACUACGAGGCCAGCUACCUCUCAUGGGUCUAAAGCACAGCAACCUUUAAACCUGUUAAUUACUCAGCUCAGAACUGUUGAACACCUGCAUUUAUCACGUUAAAAAGAUUUUUGGCUGUACUUGUCUGCACUUUAUUGACACUGACACAAAGGGUAGGUACUGUAGGUAGGUAGGUAGGUAGGUAGGUAGGUAGGUAGGUAGGUAGGUAGGUAGGUAGGUAGGUAGGUCUGUUGGUAGGUCAGUUUUCGACAAUCAAGGAUUACACAGAAGCACAUUCCUAUGCUGAACCUGCCAGUGAGGACCAAGGAUACUCUUAAUAAAAACAUUAAUCAGACACAAACACAUAGUGCGAAACACCUUUUCUGGGGAAGCUGAACUGAAUCACAGUGCUGUUCAGGGUUGAAUGGGGCGUUAAGCAAAACAUGACUUGCACUUACCUCUAUUAGCAACCAAGAAAUUAAAUAGCAUUGAUGUGUCUACAGUGGCCUGAAACUUACAUAAGUUGGAGUCGCAAUGUCACAACUCAGACUAGUGAGACACCCGGUGAAGGGGGACUAUAUCUAAUAUUUACGUAUAAACCUAUAUUAUAAUAAAACUGCAUUAUUAUUUGCUUUUUGGGCUUCAGAGUGAAACGUCUUGUGAUGCCAGCUGGAAGUGGAGUCUUGGAAAGGUGUGCAGGCUAGGCUAGACUUGUGUGUCACAGUUAUUUUGUGCCACGAGGGAGUCAAAAUUUCCAUAAAUGCAACUUUAAAGAGCGAUUACAGUACGUGUUGUGAUGUUAUGAUGGACAUAAUGUUAUAAGAAAUGCACUUACAUAUGAAAUGAAUAGGACAGCCCCUUAUUAGUCAGUUAGUAAAAUGAAACUGGGCUAGAUAAAAUAUCUUUUUUUAGUCUUUUAAUUUUCCUUUUCAAUGUUUAAAGAGUUAUUUCCUGGAGUUAUGAGCAAAAUUCACUCAAUUGUUCACAAAUGUGUAUUGCUACAAUGCUACAAACACUAGGUGUAGAAAAGGGGGAAAAAAGAAGAAAAAGUAAUUUUGCAUGAAGUUCCUCAUGUCAAAAUAAUGAUUUAGUAACUAAUUUGUGAUUCAGAGUGUUCAAAGAGCAGAUAAAUCCUGUAUCUGUUAUUCAGUAAAGUGUUUUUUAUUCAGGGGCGGCCCUUGAAGUUACACUGAACACAGUCCCUCUUAAUAAAGGUUAAAACAUGUCUUAUGUUCUUAUUAUUGUUAUAUUAUUUUCAUAUGAAUAAAUCUUAAUGAAACUCA